GCGUCACUUCCUUGUUUGUCUACCCACUGCUGGUGGCGACCCCGCCCACAGCUGUGAUUAUUGUGUCUGGUACAGGAACGCGGUCCGGGUUUUACGCUACAAAAACCUCCUCGUCUGGACUAACUACUGGAGACAGAAGAAGGAGGGUGGUCUGAAGCGGGUCUGACAGGCGCUUGGUCCGGGUUGGAACGGGUUUGACCCGGUCUGGACCCUUGGUAAAGAGAGACGGAGGGAAAGUUUGCUUCAGUUUCGGUUCACGUCUCUGCAGCGCCGCCGGCAGCCAUGUUCAGGUAGAGACCGGCUCCACGGCGCCCACCAUGCGGAAGCAUCUGGACAGGAUCCGCUUCCGGGGCCAGAGGCGGGACGAGUUCCUGGACCUGGUCGAUUCGCCCUACACGUCGGACACAGAAUGCACCGAGGAGGCCGUGACCAAAGCGCCGGUCUCCGUCAGGGAGGCGGAGGAGCUGAGGGAGGCGGAGGUAGAGCUGCACAGUGACGCUCAGGCUGGUCCAGGAUCAUUUUCUGCAGCUCUCCAAGACGACUCGAGGACGGAUCUUAAUGAGGUCAAAGGUCACCUAGAAAUCGCCUUGUUAGAGAAACACUUCCUGCAGGAGGAGCUGAGGAAACUCAAAGAGGAGUCCAACGUGGACUCUCUGAGACAGGAGCUGGAGAGGGAGCGCAGCAGGUGCACCGAGCUGGAGCAGAAGAUCCACGACGUCCUGAAGCCCAGACCUGAAGACUCCCCUUCUCAGACACCCAAAGCCCCGUCUCCGUCUCCGUCUCCUCCUCCACCUGCAGUCAGCAGUACAGACAAACAGAAAGACACUUUGUCCAACAGCGUCCUGAAAUGGCUUUACGAUCGUUUUGGCGUUUAUAUCGAGGACUUCAGCUUCCAACCGGAGGAGCACACGGUGGAGGCGGAGGAGCCGCUGAGUGCCAAGAGGUUGACUGAAAACAUGAGGCGUCUCAAACGAGGAUUCAGACCUCUGACCAACUUCAAGAGGAACCUUACUGCCCUGUCCAGCUGGAACUCUGUCUACACGUCAGCCAUCGCAUUCAUCGUCUACAUGUACGCAGCGUGGCAUGGCUGGGCCGUCCCCAUGUUCCUGUUCCUUGCCAUCCUCCGACUGUCCCUAAAUUGCCUCAUCGCCAGAGGCUGGAGGAUCCAGUGGAGCAUCGUACCUGAAGUCUCAGAGCCGGUGGAGCCUCCCAAAGAAGACCUGACUGUCUCAGAGAAGUUCCAGCUGGUUCUGGACGUCGCUCAGAAAGCUCAGAAUCUGUUUGGGAAGAUGGCCAACAUCCUGGAGAAAAUAAAGAAUCUGUUCAUGUGGGUUCAGCCCGAGUUGACUCAGAAGCUGUACGUUGGUCUGUGGGUGGCCUUCAUCUCCUCCUGCCUGCUGCCGUUCAAACUGCUGGGAUUCUUCAUAGGUGUGUACGCAGGUAUAAAGUUCUUCAUCAUCGACUUCAUCUUCAAAAGCUGUCCCAAGCUGCGGCAGCGCUACGACACGCCCUACAUCAUCUGGACCAAUCUACCCACCGACCUGCAGCUGAAGGAGCGCGGCAACACCACGCUGAGCAGACGGCCCACUGCGACGAGCACCCGAGGGAGCGCCAGCGCUGCAGCUCCUCUGGGUGUCAGCCGGGACGAGGACGGAGGACGGUACCACAGCACCAAGAGAGGAGCUUUCCAUGAAGUCUUCAACCUGCCGGAGAGUGAGCGCCCUCUGACAGUGUGUGAGAACGGCUGGCGCUGCUGCCUCAUCAACAGAGACAGGAAGACACCGACAGACUACAUCCGCAACGGAGUCCUCUACGUCACCGAGAAUCAUCUGUGUUUCGAGAGCUCCAGCUCCAGAUCUGGAUCCUCCAAGAGAAACAAAGUCAUCAAACUGCUCGACAUCACCGACAUCCAGAAGUACAAAGUUCUGUCUGUGCUGCCUGGAUCUGGGAUGGGCAUCUCCAUAGCGACACCAUCCACACAAAAGCCGAUGGUGUUCGGCGCGAUGAUCCACAGAGACGAGGCCUUCGACGCCAUCUUCGCUCAGUACAUGAAGAUCGUUGGCAUGGCUACAGCCACCGAACCGGAGACAUAGUGUCGCCUUCGCACGCACAAACGCUGCACCUUUCUCACUAUAUUCACCAGUGACGUCGUCACACAGCUGCUGACGUCCGAUUGAGCUCCUCUCGCAUGAUCAGGGUCAGCUGAUCGAUUUAAUAUAGAGCUCAACGGUAAGCUUCCAGAUGUGAAACUCCCAUUUCAUUUUCUCCAUAAGGAUCUUGAUUAUUAUCCGUUAUGUCUAAACCAUCCAAGAUAGACUUACUAUGAG